AUGGAUGAAUCCUCAGCAUUAUACACAGAAAUCCAUCAGUUGGUGAACUGUAACAGUCAUUUGGAAAAGGGCACAAUUGACUAUGUGCAACAAUUGGUACAGCUUCUACAACGUUUCUUCAUUGUGGAUCUUGAACGAGCAAUGGAACUAAAGAUGGAUGAUUUGUUCUGGACAACAAUAAAACAACUAAUCGAUCACAUCCGUGAGGAGAAAGGAAGUGGAAUGCAUAAUAAUUUAGACAAUGUGGUCAACUUGUGUGUGUCAUGGAUGUGCGAUUUAUCCUUAAAGGCAUGCUCGAAAUAUCAACUACCUUGUCAUGAUAUUCCGUCGUUUGUAUCUCUUUCACCUGGACUUCGAGGCGACUGCGCAGAGCUCGUCUCACCUUCGGCAGGAAAUGCAUUCAUCGCAUUUCUCUGUCUUCGACUAGGCGAUUUGUUUAGAUACAAAGGCAAUUACGAUCUUUGUGUGCGACUGUAUAGGUGCAGUCUUCGAGGAAAUCCUUCGUAUGGGGAUCCAUGGAAUCAACUUGGUCUGAUCGCCAGUCUGAAAGCUAAGCCGCUCGAUUCACUCUAUUUCAACGUACGUGCUUUUCAUUGUCCAAUUCCAUUCACCCCAGCUUCGACGAAUAUUUCGAACCUUUUCAGGAAAUACGCCCAGAAAGAGUUCAGCACAAACGACUGUUUUUCCGAUCAAUAUCUUACGAUACUCGCCAGAUGCCAUUUUCUCUUACCAGUACCUGAUCACGCUAUUGCUCAUGUUGGACCACAGCUGACUAAUAGAAAAUUGCUCGUUGCUCCUCUUUCAUUGCUUCAACCGCUAGGAAAUGCACAAGAUGAGAUUCGAGCACGUCAUUCCUUGAUACAACUGUUAACGUUGGCGUUCAACAAGGCCACAGAAUUACUUCUGUGCAAGAAACCGAUACGGUUGCGACCUGAUUUAUUGUUGUGUAUUGUACUCCUCCUAAGGGUCCCAGAUGUCUGUCGAUGUGAUCCGCUUCUAGUAUCAGUUUUGUCUGAAUCUCAACAAGAUGUUAUUUUUGACAAUGAAAAACUGGAAACGUUCAGAUGUUUUUCCGAGUCGGAUCCAUUCGAGUAUCCUGUUAGUUACGGACAAAUAGCUGGUCACCUAUCCGAGCUGGUCGGUGAGAAGGCUGAUGAUAGAAAGGCGUCAACUCAAGGCAAUUCGCGGUGUAGACGUCGACGUACCGUACUCUGCGCACCACAGCAUCAAUUCCCGUCGACGAACACAGAACCGGACCUUUAG